AUGAAAAGAAUUACAUUUUUAAUAAAUUUGUGGAUUAUAAAUUUUUCUAUCAUUCUCUCUUGUUAUUAUGUGAAUAGUACAGUUUAUUCUUAUCCUUUACAUAUAUUUGGAAGAAUUGGUUUAACAAGUGCAUCGAAACAACCAUUUCUUAGUUCAUGGAAUUCAAAAUAUAUUAAAAAUCAUGAUAAUUAUCCAAAAAGAAAUUAUUUGCAUAAUGAUUUAUUAUUUAAUGAUCAUGAUUCUUCAUCAUCAUCAUCUGUAUCAUCAUCAACAGCCUUAUCAUCACCAACAUCAUCACUUUCUUCAUCAUUACUCUUAGAUGAAAACUUUUUCGAUAUACAUAAUACUCAUUCAUCAAAUAUAGAUCGAUUAGAUCCAACAAGUUAUUAUGCAGAUUGGCAUCGUUUAUUAAAUGGUUAUGGUAGUCAAAGAUGUUAUAAAAUUCCUAAAAAUAUGUCAUUAUGUCAAAAUAUUGGUUAUGAUGGUAUGAUAUUACCAAAUUAUUUACAACAUGAAGAUCUUAAAGAAGCUGUUGAACAAUCACAAGUAUGGACAAGUUUAGCUCAAACUGAAUGUCAUUCUGAUUUGAGAAAAUUUUUAUGUGCUUUAUAUGCACCAGUGUGUGUUGAUGGACAUCAAGAACGUCUUAUACAUCCAUGUCAAAAUUUAUGUGAAGAUGUACGAAGAAGUUGUUUACCAAAAAUGUUACAAUUUGGGUUUGGAUGGCCAGAUAUUGUUAAAUGUUCUAGAUUUCCUACUAGUGCAACUAGAAUGUGUAUACCAUUAACUCAACAGAGAAGACUUCGAUGUUCUGGUUGCGUAGAGGAACCAACGUUUGAAAGUGCAAUCAGUAGUUUCUGUAUGGCUGAUGUUGUGAUACGUGCACAAAUUGUUUAUAUUAAUAAAGAAACUGCAAUCAAUAAUAGGUCUAUUCAAUUGUACUUAGACACACAAGCUAGAACACUUAAACUUCCAAAAGAACAUAUUAAUUUUGGUCAUCUAAAAAUCAUUGUAGAUUGUGAAUGCAAUCUUUUGGAUGAAUUAACAGAUUCAAUGAAUAACAGAAUAACAAAAUGGUUGAUAAUGGGUAAAAUAUCACCAAGUCAAGGAAUUCUACAUGUUGAGUAUUUAUCCCGAAUCAACCGUUCCAAUUUGGGCCUUAAACGUGCUCUUAAAGCAAUGAGACGUCCACCUUCACAGCUAUGCAAACUACCAAUUUCAGACAGGCUAUCGUCAACUAAUACGAACCCUAAUCAGAUAAAUACACUUCAUCAAACUAAAUCUACACCAGCUAAACGGUCCAAUACAAUAAGCACACAAAGACAUGUUAAUCAACCAUAUAAGUAUUUACAAUCAUCUUCAUUUUCGUCACUAAAUAGCUCGAACAUCGAUCGAAUAAAUCGUAAGGUUCCGUCUACAAUGACAUUUCAUCAAAAUUCGCGCAAGAAACACGCAACACGUCGUCUUUUAGUACGUCGUAGUCAAGGUACAUUGAAUAAACACACAGAAAGUAAAUAUCUGGAAAAUAUUAAUCAGAGAAAUAAAGAUUCAUAUCCAGUUAGAUCACAUUCAACUGAAUACUCAAAGAAUUCAGUUCAUUUUCAACCAUAUAUGCAAUUAUCAAAAUCAAGUGAAAAAUUACCAAUUGAAAGUGAAAAUGAUUUAUUCUCACCUCAAACAUUAUCACCAUGGUUAAAUUAA